AUGGACUGCAACAUAAACAACGUACCUGCUCUCAAGAAGGCGAAAGUUAUGUCUCAUCACGUGGGCCUUCGACCGGGCCGCAGCGACGUGCGACUAGAAGCUGAAAUCAAAACAUCGAACGGGAAGAAGGUCCUUAUUGUGCAUAACUACGGUCAUGGCGGCAGUGGAGUGACAUUGUUCUGGGGCUGCGCAAUGGAUGUCGUCAAAAUAAUCUCUAGAUUCUCUGCACCCAUUGUAGAUUCUAAAUUAUAA